GGAGCAGUCAGUGCUGUAGGGAGGAGGAGAGUGAGUGAAUGAGAGCUGCUGGAUCUGCUGUUUGAUUGUAAUGCUGGGCUGCCUCCUUCCACACUGCACUGGCACAACAUAGUACCCUGCCACCACUACAGACGCUGCUGAUUACUCCGCUAGUUUGCCACACUGCUAGCAGGAGAGCCAGGGGCCACCAGGAAUCAGGCUAGCUGGGCUUCUCCAUCCUUUGAGCAGAGGACGUAGCCACGUCGUGGAGUGGAGGGGGCUAACACUACUGUUUAGGUACCCGCUUCUACUUCAUCCAAACAUCCCUCUCCCCACCACCACCACCAGCAGCAGCCCGCUCGCUCCUCUCUAUGCCCUUGUCCUCGGUGGCUCCUCUCAACUCCCUGGCCAGUAUAUGGAUAGAAGCUCUCUGUUUCAGCUCAUACAAGAGCAGCUGGACCCAGACAACACCGGUUUCAUUGCAGUGGAGAACUUCACCAGUCUGGUGGAGCACCAUGAGCUGCAGCUGGACCCCUCCAAACUGGACAUGCUGUUUGCACUGGUGCAGAGCAACGAGGAUGGACAGGUGUGCUACCAGGAGCUCAUCGAGCUGAUGAGCAGCAAGCGCUCCAGCAGUUUCCGACGAGCCAUCGCCAAUGGCCGCCGCACACUGCAGCGGGAGAUCCUAUUGGACGAGACGGGCCUGGGCGUGUACAAGCGCUUUGUGCGCUACGUGGCCUAUGAGAUCCUGCCCUGUGAGACAGACCGGCGCUGGUACUUCCACCAGAACAGCUUGUGUCCUCCUCCUGUCUUCAUGGCCAUCAUUACCAUCAUCCAGAUCGUUGUGUUCAUGUGCUAUGGCAUCAUGCUGAAUAAGUGGGUACUGCAGACAUACCAGCCAGACUUCAUGAAGAGCUCCCUGGUGUACCACCCCAGACACCGCCUCCAGGUGUGGCGCUUCUUCAGCUACAUGUUCAUGCACGUUGGGUUGGAACAGCUGGGGUUCAACGCUCUUCUCCAGCUGAUGAUCGGCGUUCCCUUGGAGAUGGUCCAUGGCAUCCUACGCAUCAGUCUGCUCUACAUGGCUGGUGUAGUGGCAGGUUCCCUGACUGUGUCCAUCACAGACAUGCGUGCUCCAGUGGUGGGGGGCUCCGGGGGUGUCUACGCUCUGUGCUCGGCGCAUCUGGCCAACGUCGUCAUGAACUGGGCCGGUAUGCGGUGUCCAUACAAGCUCCUCCGCAUGAUUCUGGCACUGGUGUGCAUGAGUUCGGAGGUGGGCCGUGCCGUGUGGCUGCGCUUCUCCCCGCCCUUGCCCUCCUCGGGGCCUCAGCCCAGCUUCAUGGCCCACCUGGCGGGGGCGGUGGUAGGCAUCAGCAUGGGCCUGCUCAUCCUGCGCAGCUACGAGGAGAGCCUGCAGAAGCAGUGCUCCUGGUGGGUCAUCCUCUUCUCCUUCAUCACCUUCCUUCUCUUCGCCAUCUUCUGGAACAUCUUCGCCUACGAGCUGCUGGGGGUGCAGCUUCCACCCGCUCCCUGACACCAAGAAGAUCUCUCUCACUCCAUUACAUUUCCCCUCUCACUGUCACAUGUCAAGACCCAGCGCCUUCGCCGUAUCCUUUUCCUGUCCGCUCAACCAACCUCCCCGGCAACACCAUUCAAAACACAGGAAGUUAUUUAAUUCAAAACUGUACAGAGCAGGAAUAAUUUUUCCCAAUGUACCCAUAUCAUCAUAGAAUGAUCUCUGUUUUGUAGUGGGAGGGAAUUUGGUAGCAAUAUAUGCAGGUGAAAGAUGUGUAGCUGUCUUUAUAUUCUCAUUGUGGAGCAUCCCUUUUGUCUUCUGUGUUGAAGCUUAACCCAGCUUCAGGUAGAACCUGUCAGAGAGCCAUUAUGAUUAAUACCAUGCAGCGUCAGCUCUCCUUUGCGUUCAGAGUGGGUUUAUGACCCUUGAGGUGCUUCUUACUGGACAGAUGUGUGUUCUGUCGGUAUUCCUCACUGCCCCUUUUAAAGACAUGAGGCAGAAGGACACCAAUGUUCUACUGCCCAACAUGCACCUAAACACUCGAUCUACACUGUGGAAUAAGAAUAGGAAUUCACAGGAUUAGGUAUUACAUGUAACAAGGAAUGCAGCUAGGAAGGUGGAAAAGACAGAGAAGAAAAUAAAUCAAUGCUGAAACCGUUAAAUCCUAUUUCCCCACCAUCACCACUGUGGUGCUCAUGUCCCUAGUAGCCAUUGUCACUCUCAUUUUCCACCCAACCUAAAUGCUUCAGCAGGUUAGCAUUAAUCUCUAGCAGUACCAUACCCUAGCCUGCUAAAGCACCAGCAUCUCAUCUUGCCCAUGCUCUAAGGUCCAAACUAAGACGUGUGCUCUUUACACCCCCGGACACACCAACCCGCACCCUUCUCCUGUGUCACCGUCUCCAAGAACAACCACUGCCUGAUGCUGUAAGUCAGCGCGGGAACGCAAAGUGAGCGACACAGGCCUCUCUGUCUAUUCUCACUCUAACAGGCGGAACUGGGGAGGGCAAAGGACAUGUCAUCAUCGCCUGACCUCUGACCUUCGUGUCCCAGCGGGCAUUGGGUUCAGUCUGUCAAAGCCCAGUCUAUACCUCAGUGUCUCAUUCUUAGGGACUGUAUACUUUUGUAAAGGAAUGUACACAUAAAAAAGGAGUGUUAAUCAUUUAUUUCUGUUUCUUUCUUGUUUGGGAAAACAAAAGAAGAACAUUUCAAAUGGUGCAGACGUAAUGCUAUGAUUGUUGUUCUUAUGAUUACUCCUACUAUACAGCUUUGAUCCUCUGAAAGUGAUUCGACAGCAGACACCCCUGGUUACUAUGAUGAAUGAACAUCAAUGAAGCAAGUUACACUCAUCUUGAUCAAUCUUAGUGCUUUACAGAAUAAGCCAUAGAAGAACCCAUUCAACGUAGAAAUGGAAAACAAAGGCAGAGUGAAAACAGUCAGUGACUGUUUGCUGGUAUAUGCUUCGGUGAAAUUUCUGCCGUGUCGUCCUCAUUGGUAAUGUCAAAGCUGAUAAUAACACAUGUCAUAUGAGUUAUGUGGCAAAUGAGACAGGAUGACAAAGCCAAACUGUUUGUGCAAGAACAUGCUUGAGAAACGCUGGACUGUCGCUCUCAGGCGACAUUAGAUAUUUGUUGAUAAACACAUCUUAAAAUCUUGGUUGCCAGAUAGAAUAUUUAGACACACGUUACUACAUGGUUGCCAGAUUCUAAAUCCCCCCCAGUGUGGUGAUGCCUGACGACAGUAUAUUUUGGUUAAUGGCACAUUUUGGAGAGAGAAACCUGCCACAAAUUAGUUCAUUGACUGAAUCAAGAAAUUGCUAAGCUUUGACUAAUCUUGAAAUUCCAUUCACUUAUUUAAUUUCUGUAUAUUUUUUCUUCAAUCUUUAGUCUAUUUAAUUAGGAAGGUUUCUUCUGACUGCUUUAGAAAACUUUUAGAGUUGCCAAUGCUGACAAUUGGUCUCAGACAAUCCUCAGCAUACAUGAUUAUGUCACUGACAGAUGAUACAGGCAUACUGAGUGUGCCAUAAUGAAUAACUCUAUGAAAGGUGAAUUCUAUCUAAGAGGAGGAUAAUUGUGCCUCGUAAGCUAAAGAAUCCAUAGCACAUUAACCCAGAAAAGGCAUAGGACUGAUGAAAGGGCUAUAAACUAAAUACCGAUGUUAUUGUAAAACACAUAAAACUGUUAAAAGGUCCAAUGCAGCCAUUUUUAUCUCAAUAUCAAAUCAUUUCUGGUUAACAAUUAAGUACCACACUGUGAUUGCUUUAAAAAUGUACUUCUUAGCAAAGAGCAAUAUCUCAAUAAAUAAUUUUGCUAGGACUGAGUGAGGAGUGGAAAACUGAAAACUAGCUGUUAUUUUCAGAGAGGUUCUUAUGGGUAUAUUAAUGAAUUGAUGUCACCAGGCAGGCCAAAACUACAUCCAACCAAAACAGGCAGACAUUUCAGGUGGUCUUUUCAAACAGCUCUUACACUAAAAAGGCAUUAUCAUCAUUUUCACAGUAUUAUUCCAACCUCAUAGCGUGGAAAUAUACUAUAUAAAACAAAGGAGAAUCGGGUUUUUGACUGCACUGGACCUUGAAUAGGAACCUUCCAGGAAAUGAAAACUAAACGACUGAAGGGGUGACAAAAGCUGAAGUACAUGGUACAAGCUUCGAUCUCCCCACCCUUAAAAACGCACCAAGGUCUCAGUUAAAACAGGAUUUUUAAUUGUACUUUUAAAUCACUGUAUGUCUAAUAAAUCCUAAAUCGUGUUUAUUUAAUCAAAAUAACCCAAAAUAUAUAUGUUUUAUCAUGUAUUUCUCUGAGACUCUUUUUGCCAUUGAAAUGCUCAGUCUGAUUGUGCGGGCGUGUCAAUACGAAUGUAAAUAUAUUUACAUACACAGCCCUGAUUGGCGUAUAGGAUCUUCUAGACUCCAGAGCCUACCCCGCUUAUCCCUUCAAAGUAGGAGGCAUAGAGAUCCUAUUAAAUGACUAAUCCCUCAAUGUUCCAGAAAGGCAAGAAAUGGCAGCCAUUUUGGUCAAGGAGAAAUCCAAACCAGUCUAAUUGGAAUUAAUGUCAGUAAAGGCAUAGGUGAUGUAUUUUCUGCUUUUCCUUAUGCUGGAAAAUAAAAGUAAGGCAUGUGAUAUAUCAGAAGUUGUUUAAUAGAAAUACUGCCAUAUACAGUACAUACAGUUGAAGUCGGAAGUUUACAUACACUUAGGUUGGAGUCAUUAAAACUCGUUUUUCAACCACUCCACAAAUUCCUUGUUAACAAACUAUAGUUUUCGCAAGUCGGUUAGGACAUCUAUCUUGUGUAUGACACAAGUAAUAUUUCCAACAAUUGUUUACAGACAGCUUAUUUCACUUAUAACUCACUGUAUCACAAUUCCAGUGGGUCAGAAGUUUACAUACACUAAAUUGACUGUGCCUAAAUUGACUGGGGAUGUAUUUCAAGGUCUACCUUCAAACUCAGUGCCUCUUUGCUUGACAUCAUGGGAAAAUCAAAAUAAAUCAGCCAAGACCUCAACCUUUUUUUUAUAGACCUCCACAAAUCUGGUUCAUCCUUGGGAGCAAUUUCCAAAUGCCUGAAGGUACCACAUUCACCUGUACAAACAAUAGUAUGCAAGUAUAAACACCAUGGGACCACACAGCCAUCAUACCGCUCAGGAAGGAGACGCGUUCUGUCUCCUAGAGAUGAACGUACUUUGGUGCGAAAAGUUCAAAUCAAUCCCAGAACAACAGCAAAGGACCUUAAGAUGCUGGAGAAAACAGGUAAAAAAGUAUCUAUAUCCACAGCAAAACGAGUCCUAUAUCGACAUAACCUGAAAGGCCUCUCAGCAAGGAAGAAGCCACUGCUCCAGAACCGCCAUAAAAAAACAGACAACGGUUUGCAACUGCACAUGGGGACAAAGAUCAUACUUUUUGGAGAAAUGUCCUCUGGUCUGAUGAAACAAAAAUAGAACUGUUUGGCCAUAAUGACCAUCGUUAUGUUUGAAGGAAAAAGGGGGAGGCUUGCAAGCCGAAGAACACCAUCCCAACCGUGAAGCACGGGGGUGGCAGCAUCAUGUUGUGGGGGUGUUUUGCUACAGGAGGGACUGGUGCACUUCACAAAAUAGAUGGCAUCAUGACGGUGGAAAAUUAUGUGGAUAUAUAGAAGCAACAUCUCAAGACAUCAGUCAGGAAGUUAAGGCUUGGUCGCAAAUGAGUCUUCCAAAUGGACAAUGACCCCAAGCAUACUUCCAAAGUUGUGGCAAACAUGCUUAAGGACAACAAAGUCAUGGUAUUGGAGUGGCCAUCAAAAAGCCCUGACCUCAAUCCUAUCGAAAAUAUGUGGGCAGAACUGAAAAAAUGUGUGCAAGCAAGGAAGCCUACAAACCUGACUCAGUUACACCAGCUCUGUCAGGAGGAAUGGGCCAAAAUUCACCCAACUUAUUGUGGGAAGCUUGUAAAAGGCUACCGAAAACAUGACCUAAGUUAAACAAUUUAAAGGCAAUGCUAGCAAAUACAAAUUUAGUGUAUGUAAACUUCUUUUGAUGAAAGAAAGAAAAGCUGAAAUAAAUCUCUCUACUAUUAUUCUGACAUUUCACAUUCUUAAAAUAAAGUGGUGAUCCUAACUGACCUAAGACAGUGACUUUUUACUAGGGUUAAAUGUCAGGAAUUGUGAAAAACUGAGUUUAAAUGUAUUUGGCUAAGGUGUAUGUAAACUUCCGACUUCAACUGUAUACAAUGCCUUCGGAAAGUAUUCAGACCCCUUGACUUUUUCCACAUUUUGUUAGGUUACAGCCUUGUUCUAAAAUUGAUUAAAUUGUUUGUUUUUUCAUCAUCAAUCUACACACAAUACCCCAUAAUGACAAAGCAAAAACUGGUUUGUAGACAAUUUUGCUAAUUUAUAAAAAAAUAAACUAAAACAUCACAUUUCCAUAAGUAUUCAGACCCUUUACUCAGUACUUUGUUGAAGCACCUUUGGCAGCGAUUAAGUCUUCUUAGGUAUGAUGCUACAAGCUUGGCACACCUGUAUUUGGGGAGUUUCUCCCAUUUUUUUCUGCAGAUCCUGUCAAGCUCUGUCAGGUUGGAUGGGGAGCGUUGCUGCACAGCUAUUUUCAGGUCUCUCCUGAGAUGUUUGAUCGGGUUCAAGUCUGGCCUCUGGCUGGGCCACUCAAGGACAUUCAAAGACUUGUCCCAAAGCCACACCUGCAUUGUCUUGGCUGUGUGCUUAGGGUCAUUGUCCUGUUGGAAGGUGAACCUUCGCCCCAGUCUGAGGUCCUGAGCGCUCUGGAGCAGGAUUUCAUCAAGGAUCUCUGUGCUUUGUGCCGUUCAUUUUGCCUCGACCCUGACAUGUCUUCCAGUCCCUGCCGCUGAAAAACAUCCCCAUGCUUCACCAUAGGGAAGGUUUCCUCAAAAAGUUCAAUCUUUUUUUCAUCAGACCAAAGAAUCUUGUUUCUCAUGGUCUGACAGCCCCCAAGCGCUGCACCCGUGCUGCAGAGAUGGUUGUCCUUCUGGAAGGUUCUCCCAUCUCCACAGAGGAACUCCGGAGCUCUGUCAGAGGGAUCAUCGGGUUCUUGGUCACCUCCCUGACCAAGGCCCUUCUCCCCCGAUUGCUCAGUUUGGCCGGGCGGCCAGCUCUAGGAAGAGUCUUGGUGGUUCCAAACUUCUUCCAUUUAAGAAUGAUGGAGGCCACUGUGUUCUUGGGGACCUUCAAUGCUGCAGAACAUUUUUGGUACCCUUCCCCGGAUCUGUGCCUCGACACAAUCCUGUCUUGGAGCUCUAUGGACAAUUACUUUGACCACAUGGCUUGGUUUUUGCUCUGACAUGCACUGUCAACUGUGGGACCUUAUAUAGACAGGUGUGUGCCUUUCCAAAUCAUGUCAAAUUAAUUGAAUUUACCACAGGUGGACUACAAUCAAGUUGUAGAAACAUCUCAAGGAUGAUCAAUGGAAACAGGAUGCACCUGAGCUCAAUUUCGAGUCUCAUAGCAAAGGGUCGGAAUACUUAUGUAAAUAAGGUAUUUCUGUUUUUUUGUUUUAAUAUGUUAGCAAACAUUUAAUUAUUGGGUAUUGUGUGUAGAUUGAUGAGGAAAUUGUUUUAUUUAACCCAUUUUAAAAUAUGGCUGUAACAUAUCAAAAUGUGGAAAAAUUCAAGGGGUCUGAAGGCACUGUAUAUUAUAUAUAUAUAUAUAUAUAUAUAUAUAUAUAUAUACAGUUUAUACAGAUUUUAUACCAAUUUUCUGUAUAAAUAGCCUCUAAAAUAGACCAUCUAAAAGUUUGUUUACUUGGAAAGCUGUGAGUGCUAUUAUAUGAUACAAUAUCAGUACUUGUUGAAUUUAUAACAUAAUUGAUUUCAGCCAGUGUAUGGCUGUGGAUUGACUGCUUUGCUUGAAUGGCAAACUGACAGUUCAUUUUUAAAUUAAUGCAAUCAUUCCUCUAAAUCUGGCUGGCUAUCUAGCUAACAAACAUACAGUGCAUAUAAAUUCUUCAAAAUCAUUUUUUAAUACCAAAUCUUAUCACAGCACUGGCAAACCAUGGUUGACUGCAAUGUCAUGAUAUGGGCCAAAAACUCCAUCCCACCGGAUUUUUUUUCAAACCGUUUUUACAGAAAAAGGGCAUUAUGAUAAUCUUCACAAUUUCAGUGUUAUUUAGACCUCAUAGUGUUUUUUAAAAAUGACGUUUUUAACUGCACUGCCCCUUUAAGUUAGUUGUUCUAAAUGUAUGAUCAGUCUCAAAUAAGUCUCCAACUCUGUAUUCAUCGACAUGCUCAUUUUUUCCUCUCUCUUUUCACCAUGGCAUAUGAGGCAGCCGUCAGGGGAAAUAAGAAGUGCAUAUAUCCUAAUUAAGCAGGCAGAGAAAAGUCGUCAGGAGUGGUUUAUUAUCCAUCUGUAAGCCAAAUUACCUGGCCCUAGGCCUCCUCCAAACACAGCAGCACUAACAACACAUCUUCUACAAAAGCCCAUCCAAUCCCACUCUCCUUUUGGCUAUGAAGCUGUCUGCUUCAUCCAGACAGCCGAGGAUCUGGGGGGAGAGGCAUAAACACUGUAAUGAAGGAGCAAGUGUCAUCUCCAGGCUGAUAUGUGACAACUUUGCCAUGUGCCAAAGUGUGACUGUGAGCGAUGCAGGGAGAGGGGGAAUAGAGAAAGAGGAAUGGAGGUGGCACAACUCAUAAAACACCAUUGGGGUCGUAAAGCAGCUGUGUGUGCCUUCAUAUCUUGUCGUGUGCACAUCACAACGCCUCGGGCGUCGGAAGUGAUGUAUGGCUGUUACGCAGGGCUCAGUUCUAACAGAACCUGGGGCUCCACCAAUGUAAAAUCUCUUAUUUUUUCAGUAAAUGUGACAGGCCGCAUGAUGUUGAUUUGAUUGCUGUCUUUUGUUUUCAUCUACAUAGGUGGGCCUGGUGAAGAAUAGCAUGAGUAGAAUAGGGGCAGCCAGCCAAUCAUACAGUAUCAUGUGAUCCAUUUUAUUAGAACACCACCACCACCUUUUUAGUGAGCGGUCUGAAGACCCCCCUCAUAUAUUUGUCAGUGUCCAUGAAUAGCCUAACACCUUGAAGGUAGUAUUGUUGAACCACAUCCCAAUUAAAGGACGUCACUGUUAAAAGAGAGUGGAACCAACGUACCAUCUUGCCACGUGCCCUCCAUUUUCCUUGGAUGCGUCAAACCCCUAGUUGACAUCAUUCUAUGGAGCCGUUCUCAAACAACUUUCCCUGUUCAUUCCUUCUCUGCUUGUCCGUGUCUAAAUGCAACAACUUUUGUAGCAAGCAUACUUGAGAUUUAUACUGUUAUUAGAUAUUCCAGACCCCAUGUGUUUUGUCAUAGGUGAGCUUUAUUUUUUGCACUUGUUGUAACGUGAUAAACUGAACAUGUCAUUGUGCCAAUAUGUUAUAGUGCCAUUUUGCUCUUUAUUUUAUGCUUUCAUAGGUAUUACUUUCUUACCACAAUCCGUUGUGCUCUUAUGGAUAAUGCCUUGUUACAUCCAAUGCAUCUACACCCUAAACUUGGCUGUUGCGUUUGUGUGUGAUGAAAGGCAUCCGGUCAGGAGGAUCACUGCACUGCAUCACUGAUCUGAUCUUUAUAUUUUAUGGAUAUGUAGAUCAACCAACCUUAUUGAUAUCAAUAUGCAGUAUCUGCUUUAAGCUGAUGCUUGUGACCAAGCAGGAUGCCUUCUCUUAGUAUGUGUCAGCGGUGUACUACUUGAACAUGGGGUACUGUAAUGCAGUACUGUAUGAGGCAAGCUACUGUAGCUCAUUAGCCAGAUAAACUUAUUUUCAAUAAGAAUCGAAGCAAGCAAACCAGCACAUUACUUUCUCAGUAUCCUUCUAAUACAAAGAAACUUGAUAGCAGUGGAAUCCACACAUGGUUUGACCAACAUACAACUAUCAACAGUUAUCCAAGUUGUUUUCAUCCAUUUCUAGACCAUUAUAAUACCAGUAUAUGGAGGUUUUGAAUGCAGAAUAUGGUACAAUAUUAUGGAUAAUUGAGGCAGUUUGGUUUAAGGUCAUGUGUGCUGCUGUGGUAGUUUUCACUGGCUGUUAUCUUGCAUUGAUAAAAUGGUGCCAAGCUUCGGCAGUUAAGUUUCCAAAUCCAGACCAGAGGUUGUACCAAUACAGCUUUACAAAAAAAUAAUUGUAAAAAAAUUAACAAAGAGGCUAUUUUUCUCUGGGUCACCAAGAAACAAAUGAAAACUAAAUUUAAUGUAAAUAUGGAUAGUUUAUAUUAAAGUCCUCAUUAAUUAUUUCAUGAUGUAUUGUACUUUUUAAAUGUUCUCAACUGAACCAUUUUCUAUUGUAUAUAUUUUGUUUUUAUUUUGUACUGUUCAUUGUAUUUGCUUUAAUUUAGGAACAAUACGAAUAAAGAACAAUACUGUGGAAAUGUC